AAUAUCCCUAAUUUCUUCCCCCAUAAAAAAGAAGGAAAAAACCCUAAUUAGCCGAUUCCCGUUUCAAAUCUUUUGAGAAAUUGAUAGCGAACAUGUCGUCGUCAGGGAGGAAGAUUACACUGAAGAGCUCGGACGGCGAAUCGUUCGAGGUUGACGAAGCGGUGGCGUUGGAAUCGCAGACGAUAAAGCAUAUGAUCGAGGACGAUUGUGCUGAUAACGGGAUACCGUUGCCUAAUGUUACCAGUAAGAUCCUAGCGAAGGUCAUUGAAUACUGCAAAAAGCACGUCGAGGCUCCUAAGACUGACGAUCGAUCCGCCGAUGACGAACUUAAGAGUUGGGAUGCUGACUUUGUCAAAGUCGAUCAAGCCACUCUAUUCGAUCUCAUUCUGGCAGCCAACUAUUUGAACAUCAAGGGCUUACUGGAUCUUACUUGUCAAACUGUUGCCGACAUGAUCAAGGGAAAGACCCCGGAAGAGAUCCGGAAGACUUUCAAUAUCAAGAAUGACUUCACCCCUGAAGAGGAGGAAGAGGUUCGUAGGGAGAAUCAGUGGGCAUUUGAGUGAAAGUUUCGGCUAUUCCGGUGCCUGUUCGAUUGUAUCAAACUUCUUUAUAAAAUUUAUUCUAUUGCUCUGACUUUUCAUCCGUACUUUCUGAGCUGUUUAAACACUUCAAAGUGUCGUUUAUGUUCCUACAUGUCUUAUAACUUCACCAGACCAAGUUUGUAAUGAUCCUUAAAUCAUGGUUUAUGAUAUGAACGAGAAUGGUUUGUCUAAAUUGCGUUUGUCACAA